CAAGCGCUCCUGAUGCCUCAUAUGCCUCUGGCUUCUUUUCGAUCACCACUCUGGGGGCUGAGGCCGUCACAGGUCUUCCCCAGGUCGUAUCCCCUCUCUACCCAGUCAAAGCCCCAUGGAUCCUCCCUCUCCCGGAGAAACCAUGAAGCCAAGAAGAAGCGCCAGCGAGAAAAGCAGGCGGCGCUGGAGGCUGGGGUAGCCCGGAAGAGCAAGUCACCUGCAGAAUCCAGUAAGUCCUGGACUCCUAAGGAGGUGGUGGUGUAUGAAAUUCCCACAGAACGCGGUGAAAAGAAAGAUGUCUCCCGGGUCCUGCCUCCUGCAUACAGCCCUCGAUAUGUUGAGGCUGCCUGGUACUCUUGGUGGGUGCGAGAGGGCUUCUUCAAACCAGAAUAUCAGACCAGGCUGCCCCAGGCCACAGGGGAGACGUUUUCCAUGUGUAUCCCACCUCCCAAUGUCACUGGCUCCCUACAUAUUGGACAUGCACUGACAGUGGCCAUACAGGAUGCCCUGGUGCGCUGGCACCGGAUGUGUGGGGAUGAGGUGCUGUGGGUCCCAGGCUCAGAUCAUGCGGGAAUUGCUACACAAGCUGUGGUGGAGAAGCAACUUUGGAAGGAGCAAGGAGUGAGGAGACAUGAGCUGAGCCGGGAAGACUUCCUUAGGGAGGUGUGGAAGUGGAAGGAGGAGAAAGGUGGAGAGAUCUGUGAGCAGCUCCAAGCUCUGGGGGCCUCCCUGGACUGGGACCGAGAGUGUUUCACUAUGGAUGCUGGCUCCUCAGUGGCCGUGACUGAAGCUUUUGUGCGACUCUAUGAGGCAGGGUUGUUGUAUCGGAACCAGCAGCUUGUCAACUGGUCCUGUGCUUUAAGAUCAGCCAUCUCGGAUAUCGAGGUGGAGAGCCGGCCCCUGCCUGGCCGCACGGAACUUCGUCUGCCUGGCUGCCCCAUCCCUGUGUCUUUUGGCCUCCUUGUUUCUGUGGCCUUCCCUGUGGAUGGAGAGCCUGACACAGAGAUUGUAAUAGGAACCACAAGGCCAGAGACAUUGCCUGGAGACGUGGCUGUGGCUGUUCAUCCUGAUGACUCCCGAUACACACAUCUGCAUGGGCGACAGCUUCGUCACCCCUUGACUGGGCAGCUUCUCCCCCUCGUCACAGACUCUGCUGUUCAGCCACACAUGGGCACAGGGGCGGUGAAGGUGACUCCAGCACAUAGUCUUGCUGAUGCUGAGCUGGGAGCCCGACAUGGCUUGAGCCCUCUGAGUGUCAUUGCAGAGGAUGGGACCAUGACUUCCCUCUGUGGGGAUUGGCUACAGGGUCUUCACCGAUUUGUGGCCCGGGAAAAGAUUAUGUCUGCACUGAGGGAGCGGGGCCUGUUCCGGGGCCUUCAGAACCACCCUAUGGUGCUUCCUAUUUGCAGCCGUUCUGGGGACGUGGUAGAAUACCUACUGAAGAGCCAGUGGUUUGUCCGCUGCCGGGAGAUGGGGGAUCGAGCUGCCCAGGCUGUGGAGUCAGGAGCUCUGGAGCUCAGUCCCUCCUUCCACCAGAAAAACUGGCAGCACUGGUUUUCCCACAUUGGAGACUGGUGUAUCUCCCGGCAGCUGUGGUGGGGCCAUCAGAUUCCCGCCUACCUGGUUGUAGAGGAGCAAACGAAGGGUGACAGGGAGGACUGUUGGGUGGUUGGGAGGACAGAGGCCGAGGCCAGAAAAAUAGCUUCAGAGCUGACAGGGAGACCAGCGGCAGAGCUGAUCCUGCAGAGGGACCCUGAUGUCCUGGACACAUGGUUCUCUUCAGCUCUUUUCCCCUUUGCUGCCCUGGGCUGGCCCCAAGAGACCCCAGACCUCACUCGUUUCUACCCCCUGUCACUUUUGGAAACUGGUAGUGACCUUCUGUUCUUCUGGGUGGGCCGCAUGGUCAUGUUGGGGACCCAGCUCACAGGGCAGCUCCCCUUCAGCAAGGUGCUUCUUCAUUCCAUGGUUCGGGACAGGCAGGGCCGGAAAAUGAGCAAGUCCCUAGGGAAUGUGUUGGACCCACGAGACAUCAUCAGUGGGGUGGAGCUGCAGGUGCUGCAGGAAAAGCUGAGGGAUGGGAACUUGGACUCUACAGAGCUGGCGAUCGCGGCUGCAGCACAGAGAAAGGACUUCCCUCAUGGGAUCCCUGAGUGUGGGACAGAUGCCCUAAGAUUCACCUUGUGCUCCCAUGGGGCCUUAGGGGGCGACUUGCACCUGUCUGUCUCCGAAGUUCUGAAUUCCCGGCAUUUCUGCAACAAAAUCUGGAAUGCCCUGCGCUUUAUCCUCAAUGCCUUAGGGGAGAAAUUUGUGCCCCAGCCUGCAGAAGAGCUUUCCCCUUCAUCGCCCAUGGAUGCCUGGAUCCUGAGCCGUCUUGCCCAUACUGCCCGGGAGUGUGGGCGAGGCUUCCUUGCCCAAGAGCUCUCACUUGUCACCCGUGCCCUGCACCACUUCUGGCUCCAUAACCUCUGUGAUGUCUACUUGGAGGCUGUGAAGCCGGUGCUGUUGCACUCGCCCCGUCCCCAAGGCCCCCCUCAGGUCCUGUUCUUCUGUGCUGACAUCGGUCUCCGCCUCCUUGCCCCACUGAUGCCCUUCCUGGCUGAAGAGCUCUGGCAGAGGCUGCCCCCCAGGCCUGGAGGCUCCUCUGCCCCUAGCAUCUCUGUUGCCCCCUACCCCACUGCCUGCAGCUUGGAACACUGGCACCAACCAGAGCUCGAACAGCGCUUCUCCCGGGUCCAAGAGGCCGUGCAGGCACUGAGGGCUCUCCGAGCCACAUACCAGCUCACAAAGGCCCGGCCCCGAGUGCUGUUGCAGAGCUCAGAGCCUGAAGAGCAAGGCCUCUUUGAGGCCUUUCUGGAACCUCUAGGCACCCUGGGCCACUGUGGGGCUGUGGGCUUCUUACCCCCAGGUGUACUGGCUCCCUCUGGCUGGGCCCAGGCUCCACUCAAUGAUACCAUUCAGGUGUACAUGGAGCUGCAGGGGCUUGUGGACCCCCAGACCCAUCUAUCUCUGCUAGCUGCCCGAAGACACAAGUUGCAAAAGCAGCUUGAUGGCCUCAUGGCCUGGACCCCAUCAGAGGGGGAGACGGAGACUAAAAGGCAGCAGAGGCUUUCUUCCCUCGAGUUGGAAUUGUCGAAGCUGGACAAGGCGGCCUCUCACCUCCGGCAGCUGAUGGAUGCAUGUCCUAGCCCCAGAGAGCUCUGA